GGUUCGAUCAGGAGGGACACUGAAAACACGCCGCGUUCCCUAGUUCCAUUUGACGGUUUGAUUCAAACAAACUAAGAUUACUGCUCCAGUAUUGUUUUUAGGUUACCAGUCUGUUCGAUUUGUGCUUGUGGGGUUGCGUUGUCUGGUACUCUGUGCCGUUGCUCCCAUUUUACCGUUUCGGCAAGCAAUGCGAAAAACGAAAGGAUAACAACAGAGGCAGCAAAUACAAAAUUUUGGAUUAUUUCUUGUAUGUGUAUGGAAAACAAGUGCAGAAAGUGCAAGGAUAGAGGGAAAAAAUGGCGAAUAAUCGAUUAGUGUUGGUGUUGUUGGCGGCGUCUUUUGUGCAACAAUGCGUCUCGCGGGAUCCGCCCGCGGUGGAAAUACCCGACCAGGGUUCAGUGAUAGGAACGUACAUAAAGAUGUUUAGAACUCAACGAGUAAUUGCAUAUCUUGGAAUUCCGUAUGCACAGGCACCGGUCAAAGAGAAGCGCUUCACGCCUCCCGUGGUUGACAACUUACCUAGUUGGGAUGACGUAAAGAACGCUUCCACGCUUGCAGCACAGUGUUGGCCAUCUCCUCGUGGCACGCAAGGAAAACACAAUCAACUGUUUAUGGACCUGAUUAAGUCCGCCGAAAUGGAUGAACCGCAGUACGAUGAGGAUUGUCUCUUUUUGAAUAUCUACAUUCCAGAUGCCACGAUUCCGACGGAAGGGUUCUCGGUGUUGGUAUGGUUCCCGGCGAGUGAAUUCGACGGAGAUACGCCGUUUAUACUAAAUCCGUUCCAAAUGGUCUUCAAACAGAAGCUUAUCGUCGUAACGGUUCAGUACCGGCUUGGAAUUUUUGGUUUUUUCACAACAAUGGAUGGUGAGGCACCGGGGAACUUUGGGCUUAUGGACCAGUCAGCAGCCCUGCUUUGGAUAAACAAGAACAUCAAACUAUUCAAUGGGAACGAGGCGUCAGUAACAAUCAUUGGUCACGGUACAGGAGGAGUAUGUGUUGGAUUACAUCUAACGUCUGGCGAGUGGACUGAGCAGAUGUUUCAUAAAGCAAUCAUUAUGUCGGGGAGUGUGCUACUCGAUUCGGUUGUUAGGACUCCUAAACAUUACAGUCCAAUUCUGGAUGAAUUAGCAACAACAUACGGUUGUUAUCGUAGACCGACGUCUAGUUUGGUGGAAUGCCUACGACGAGUUGAAGAUCAUCUCCUGGUGGAAAAUUCUCACUCCGAGCAAUGGGGACCGGUGAUAGACAAAGGGCUCAGUAACAUUACCACACCUUUCAUAUCCGAUCCCCCAAUGAUGAUGAUACAUGAAGGCAAGCUGAGGAAGGUUCCAUUACUUAUUGGGCAUACGGAUAUGGAAGAAGCGUUAGAACUCACAAUAGGUGACAUGGUGGAACACGGCAUUGGAGCUGAAAUGUAUGAAUCCCUGCUCGAAGAUGCCGUAACGAUGGAUUUGUUCCAGAUGAAGUUCAACGACUCUCAAUGUGGAGGAAACAUGGAAACCAUUAUGGAUGCUGUUCAAUUUCAGUACAAACCUUAUCCUCCUACAACAGAUCCGAUGAUGCUUCGAACGCGUUAUAUUGAGUUUGCAACCGACCGGAAAUAUGUGGCACCUACAAUAGAGCUAGCAAUGCAUAUGAGUCACCAGGCUGAAACGUAUGUUUAUCGAUUCGACAUCAAACCGCGCACGAAAGCAGUUCUCAACGAUAUUCCUGAGUGGAUGGGCGUACCACACAACUUCGAGCUCAUCUUCCUUUGGGGACUUCCAUACUGGUUGAUGCUAGCAGAUCAAAUGCAAUGGGACAGCGCUGACAAACGUGUAUCGGACAUCGUGAUGACGCUAUGGGCGAACUUUGCCAAGUUUACCAAUCCUACCCAAGUCGGCGUGUAUAUUAAAUGGGACACAUUCACCAACGAUGAGCCAGGCGUGUUGAUUAUUGAUCGAUCGUUCAAUAUGAGCGAUCAUACCACGAUGAAUUUCAAUGCGGUCAAGUUUUGGAAUCACUACUAUCCAAACGUAAUAAGUUUUGCGGCACAAUGCUGUAACGACACGUACAACAGCGGCACAAGUUACCAAAAUAUGUUAAGUAGUUCUGUAGUCUAUAGUAUUCUUGUAGCGAAUUUUAUACUGUUACAAUCAUUUAUUUACAUGCAAAUACAAUUUUUUUUCCAGACGUAA